AAAAAUUUGGAUUUUCAUAUGGUAAUUCGUUAUUUAGCUUACCAUGAACGCCCCUAGUUCUAAGCAAAUGUAAAAAACGGCACCCCCUCCCAACCCCAACAAACUGCUUUGAUCUGUUGAAAGCAAAUCAAAAACAUAUAGCACUCCAUACACCCAAAUCUCUGUAAAAUCUCAUCCAAAUCCUUUACAAAUUUCUAGGGUUUCGAUUCAAUCCUCUGUAAAAUGCAUACAUAUGCGUUUAGGAAGAUGCAUAGAAGAAGGAAUGUUCAGUUGCUUCUGAUUCAUUUUUGAAUUGUACGAGAAGAACCUGUGAGAACGAUUUGUCUAUAGUAUCAAAUCUACAUGUAAAUCUUAUACGCAAGUUGGCAGAACAUUUUCAAGAUGGUGGAGGUGGGAUCGGAGAGGGAGAAGAAUAGAGAGAAUAAUGGCGGAUUAACGGCUAUAGAUUCGAUUGAAUCACGGUGGGUGUUUCAGGAUGAGUAUGAUUCAGAUAUGGAUAGUGGUGACCAUGGUCCUGCUGACGACGAUGAUGGUUCAACGCCUCACAAUGACUUGGACUUGGACUCUGAUGAUGAUGAUGAUAAUGCCAUGAAGAAACUGAUCCGUACUGGUCCUCGGAUUGAUUCGUUUGAUGCUCUUGAAGUCCCCGGUGCUCAACGGAAUGACUUUGAUGAUGUUUCAGCAGGUAGGAAAGUCCUAUUGGCCUUUCAGACUCUUGGAGUUGUCUUUGGGGACGUGGGGACAAGUCCCUUAUAUACCUUCAGUGUGAUGUUCAGUAAGGCCCCUGUCAAUGGCAACGAAGAUGUUCUUGGUGCAUUAUCCUUGGUUUUGUACACCUUAAUCCUCAUUUCCUUGAUUAAAUAUGUUCUUAUUGUUCUUUGGGCCAAUGAUGAUGGUGAAGGUGGUACUUUUGCUUUGUACUCAUUGCUUUGUAGGCAUGCUAAGGUUAAUCUUCUUCCAAACCAACUUCCAUCAGAUGCUCGAGUAUCAGGCUUCAGACUGAAGGUGCCAUCACCAGAACUUGAGAGGUCUUUAAAAAUAAAAGAAAGACUUGAAGCUUCAUUGACAUUGAAAAAGCUGCUUCUGAUGUUAGUUCUUGCUGGUACUGCUAUGGUGAUAGCUGAUGGAGUUGUUACACCUGCUAUGUCAGUAAUGUCUGCUGUUGGUGGCUUAAGAGUUGGAGUCUCUGGGGUUAAGCAAGAACAAGUUGUGAUGAUCUCAGUGGCAUUUCUUGUAAUUCUGUUCAGUGUACAGAAGUAUGGGACAAGUAAAAUGGGGCAUUUCGUAGGUCCUGCUUUGUUCGUAUGGUUCUGUUCCCUGGGUGGCAUUGGCGUCUACAACCUUGUUAAGUAUGAUUAUAGGGUUUGGAAGGCAUUUAAUCCAGUUCAUAUAUACUAUUACUUUAAGCGCAAUUCAACAAAGGCGUGGUACUCACUUGGGGGCUGCCUUCUUUGUGCAACAGGUUCCGAGGCAAUGUUUGCAGAUCUUUGUUAUUUUUCUGUGAGAUCAGUCCAGCUUACCUUUGUGUUCCUUGUGCUGCCAUGCCUUCUGUUGGGUUACCUUGGUCAAGCUGCUUAUCUUAUGGAAAACCAUGCUGACACAACACAGGCUUUCUUCUCUUCUGUGCCAAGUGGAGCUUUCUGGCCCGUCUUCUUGAUUGCUAAUGUAGCUGCAUUGAUUGCCAGUAGAGCGAUGACCACUGCAACUUUCUCUUGCAUUAAACAAUCCACAGCCCUAGGCUGCUUUCCUCGCCUUAAAAUUAUUCAUACAUCUCGAAAGUUCAUGGGUCAGAUAUAUAUCCCGGUGAUGAAUUGGUUUCUUCUCUCAUUGUCCUUGGUGAUGGUUUGUUCUAUCUCAAGCAUAUAUGAGAUUGGAAAUGCUUAUGGAAUAGCCGAGCUUGGUGUGAUGAUGAUGACAACAAUACUAGUUACUAUUGUCAUGCUUCUGAUAUGGCAGAUCAAAAUCAUUGUUGUGCUUAGCUUUGUUUUUAUCUUCUUGGGAUUGGAGUUAAUAUUUUUCUCAUCAGUUUUAUGGAGUGUGGGAGAUGGAAGUUGGAUUAUUCUGGUUUUUGCUGUAGUCUUAUUUUUUAUUAUGUACAUAUGGAAUUAUGGAAGCAAGCUGAAGUAUGAAACUGAAGUCAAGCAAAAGAUGUCUAUGGAUUUGCUACGUGAACUAGGCCCAAACCUUGGAACAAUCAGAGCUCCUGGAAUUGGCUUGCUUUAUAAUGAGCUGGCAAAGGGCAUACCAGCUAUAUUUGGACAUUUUCUCACCACUCUUCCUGCCGUUCAUUCAAUGAUAAUUUUUGUUUGUAUAAAAUACAUUCCUGUUCCUGUAGUACCUCAGAAUGAAAGGUUCCUGUUUCGCCGGGUCUGCCCCAGAGGCUACCACAUAUUUCGUUGUAUUGCCAGAUACGGUUACAAGGAUGUUCGCAAAGAAAACCAGCAGGCUUUUGAGCAGCUACUGAUUGAAAGUCUAGAGAAGUUCAUUCGUAGAGAUGCUCAGGAGCGGUCACUUGAAAGUGAUGGCAAUGGUGAAUCAGAUUCUGAAGAAGAGCAUGCCUUUUCAAGGGUCCUUGUUGCUCCCAAUGGGAGUGUUUACUCGCUUGGUGUUCCUCUCUUAUCUGAUUUUAAGGACACCGGAAAGGCAGUUAUGGAAGAAAGCACUUCAGAAGAGCUGAAACCUGGCCCUUCAUUUGAGUCCCUCUUGUCCGAUGCUGAACAGUCCUUUGAGAAGGAGCUCUCAUUCUUACGCAAGGCCAAAGAAUCUGGUGUGGUUUACCUCCUUGGUCAUGGAAAUAUUAGGGCAAGGAAAAGUUCCUGGUUCAUUAAGAAGCUUUUCAUAAAUUACUUCUAUGCUUUCCUUAGAAAGAAUUGCAGGAGGGAAAUUGCCAGUUUGAGUGUACCACACUCGCAUUUAAUGCAGGUUGGCAUGACAUAUAUGGUGUGAGAAUUAGCUUUCUGGAAAAGGCCCAUACUAAUAUAUUUUGGUGAAAAGGCAGUUUUAGUGUCAAAUUUUUGUCGGUCCCCUGUAUCAAAGUGAUGAGUGCAGACAAGUGUCCAUAUGUCUUCCUUGCACACACCACAGCUGAAUUGAAGUCCCUCAUCUUAUAGCCUGGAAGUCUUUGCACUGAUCCAGUUAUUGUAACAAAUUUAUCGCCAUAGUCAUUUGGGUUUCAUUCUAACACUGCCUCAACCACCUGACUUAUUCAAUGCCUUUUCAUCUGUUGAAGCUAGACGAGCAGGAAAAAGAGAAGAACGGACACACAUUGACCGCCAAUAUAGAUGCAAACUCAUAAUAUUGUAAUUCUUUUCAGUUACUUUUUCCCUUAUGAGUCACUUUUAACUCAUAAUAUUGUAAUUCUUUUAAGUUACUUUUGCCCUUAGGAGUCACUUUUAUAAUUUUCUUGCCGAAUGACCUUAUAAAUGUUGAUGAAGUUUUCACCGCA